UGACAAAAGAAAACCCCAAAGAACAAAAAAAAAAAAAAAAAAAAAGAGUGGGGAGCAAGUUUGAUCAAAUGAUGAGUUGAUCAGUGGCAGUCUGGCACUCUGUAUAUUUCGUUGUUUUGAGUUUUGAGUUUUUGACGUGAUCACUACCAUUGUCGUCAAACACCCCAAAACUUCCCACUAUCAACUUCAUUCCUUCAUACACUCCAAUCUCUAAUCUUAAUCCUUAAGAUUCAAUCUAAUCAUCUUCUCAUUUGAUCACCUUCAAGCUUCAACCAUCAACAAUGGCGGAAUUUCUCGACCUAGAAACACAAGACGGAGUUCGUAUGCCAUGGAAUGUAAUCCCAGGUACAAAACAAGAAUCAAGCAACUCCGUAAUCCCAGUCUCUCUCCUCUACACUCCAAUCAAAUCUUUCCCUAAUCUCCCAAUUCUUCCUUACUCUCCUCUUCGUUGUCGUUCAUGUCGUUCAAUUUUAAACCCUUUUUCCGUCAUCGAUUUCGCCGGAAAAGUAUGGAUCUGCCCCUUUUGUUUCAAUCGCAAUCAUUUCCCCCAACAUUACGCUUCAAUUUCCGACGAUAAUCUUCCCGCUGAACUUUUCCCGCAAUACACAACAAUUGAAUAUGAACCUCCCCCAGAAUUGCACGCCCAAAAUCAUACUCCUCAAGUUUACUUAUUUGUCGUUGAUAAUUGUUUGAUUGAGGAGGAAAUUGGGUACUUGAAAUCAGGGUUGUCUUUAGCGUUGGAAUUGGUGCCUGAUGAUGCCCUUGUUGGGUUGAUUACAUUUGGGAGUUUUGUGCAAGUUCAUGAAUUAGGGUUUUCAGGUGGGGGUAGUGGGAUUCCUAAGUGUUAUGUGUUUAAAGGGUCUAAGGAAGUUAGUAAAGAUCAGGUGAUGGAGCAACUUAAUUUUUUUUCGAAUAAGCCGAAACCGGUUUCUGGGGUUGUUGCUGGUGUUAGGGAUGGUUUGUCUUCUGAGAGUAUUUCUCGGUUCUUGUUGCCGGCUUCUGAGUGCGAAUUUACGUUGAAUUCGUUGUUAGAGGAGCUUCAGAAGGAUCCUUGGGGAGUGCCUACAGAUCAAAGGGCAACUCGGUGUACAGGAACAGCACUCAGUAUUGCAGCCCAUGUAUUAGGAGCUUGCAUACCUGGAUCAGGAGCUAGGAUUAUGGCUUUUGUCGGUGGUCCAUCAACAGAAGGGCCCGGUGCUAUUGUUUCGAAAAACCUAUCUGAGCCAAUCCGUUCUCACAAAGAUCUGGAUAAAGAUUCUGCUCCUUAUUAUCAUAAAGCUGUUAAAUUCUUUGAAGGAAUUUCGAAGCAGCUUGUCCACCAAGGACAUGUUCUUGACCUUUUUGCAUGUGCUCUCGAUCAGGUUGGAGUUGCUGAACUUAAAGUUGUUGUUGAGAAGACUGGUGGUCUUGUUGUUCUUGCUGAAAGUUUUGGCCAUUCAGUUUUUAAGGAUUCUCUUAAGCGUGUUUUCCAGGCUGGGGAAUACGAUCUUGGACCAGCAUCAAAUGGUAUAUUUGAGGUCAGCUGCUCAAAGGAUAUGAAGAUUCAGGGAAUACUUGGUCCUUGUGCAUCACUUGAAAAGAAAGGUCUCCUUUGUUCUGAAACUGUUAUUGGCCAGGGCAACACAAGCGCAUGGAAGUUGUGUGGCCUUGAUAAAGCUACGACGUUAUGCAUAUUUUUUGACAUUGCAAAGAAAGAGAGUUCUGAUGCCAUCGGUCAAGCCACUAGCAAUCAGUUUUUCCUGCAGUUUUUGACUUACUAUCAACAUAGAAGUGGUCGUAUGAGGCUUCGCAUUACAACUCUCUCCAGGCGAUGGAUUGCUGGUCCAGGAAGCACACAGGAGUUGAUUGCAGGAUUUGAUCAAGAAGCAGCAGCUGUCACCAUGGCACGCUUAGUCUCAUUCAAGAUGGAGAAUGAGGCUGAGUUUGACCCAAUAAGAUGGCUUGACAGAUCACUGAUACGUCUUUGUUCAAGAUUCGGUGAUUACCAAAAGGAUAACCCAUCUUCUUUCAGCCUAUCUCCACGUUUUUCAAUAUUUCCUCAAUUUAUGUUUCAUCUACGACGAUCUCAGUUUGUACAGGUGUUCAACAACAGCCCUGACGAGACUGCAUAUUUUAGAAUGAUUCUUAACCGGGAGAACGUAGCCAACUCAGUAGUUAUGAUUCAGCCUUCAUUGAUUUCUUAUUCCUUCCAAUCAUCUCCUGAACCCGCUCUUCUCGAUGUUGCAUCUGUUGCUGCGGACAGGAUAUUGUUACUGGAUUCAUACUUUACGAUUGUCAUUUUCCACGGUGCAACUGUUGCUCAGUGGCGCAAGGCUGGAUACCAAGAUAUGCCUGAACACAAGGCAUUUGCCGAGUUGUUGCAAGCUCCUAAAGACGAUGUCGAUGCUUUGAUCAAAGAGAGGUUUCCAGCUCCACGCUUGGUCAUCUGUGAUCAGUAUGGCUCUCAGGCCCGUUUUCUUCUGGCAAAGUUGAAUCCUUCAGCAACAUACAACUCUGGUUCCGCUUUGCAACCGGGAGGAGAUCUCAUAUUCACUGAUGAUGUCAGUUUUGAGGUUUUCUUAGAUCACCUCCAGAGGCUUACUGUUCAAUAGAUUACGAUAGGACUCACUCACAGUUUUGUACAAAUCUUAUUUGAGUUUGCUGUACAGUAAUUUCUACAUUUGAUGUUCUAAUAGUGUGAACUCCCCUAUUAUUUUGAGCUCUGCAUAUUAUUUAUUAGUUCUAAUAAUUGUAGUUGAGCCAAUCAGAUUCUUUUUUUCGAGGGAAAUCACAUAUCUUUUCAUUAAUAGUAA